AGAGUCAUAAGAAUUCAAAUUUGCAGAGACACACAACCCAAAACCCACUGUUAGUCGCCAACCUCGAUGAUAUCCCCCAAAAACUAGCUUCAAACUUUCAAAUCCGAAAUUACCACUUUCUCUUCUUCUCUUCUCCUACUCAAUUCAAUUCUCUCUUUUCUGCAACUUCUCGUUGCAAAUGAUCUAACACUGACUCAUUCUCAUUCACAAAUGCAGCUACACUCACUUCAGAUCACUCCAUUUCUCAUUUUUUUCUUUGCUCCGCUUUCCUUCUCUCUUACAAGAGAUGGCUUAGCUCUUUUGGCACUCAAAGCAGCGAUCACAACUGACCCAACUCGAGUUCUUGAUUCCUGGUCUGAUUCUGACCAAACCCCAUGUCAUUGGCAUGGGAUCACUUGUAUUAAUCACCGAGUCACUUCUUUAAUUCUUCCAAAUAAAAGUUUCACCGGUUAUCUCCCAUCUGAACUCGGUCUUCUCGACUCGUUAACUCGCCUCACUCUCUCUCACAAUAACUUCUCUGAACCUAUCCCUUCUCAUCUCUUCAAUGCUACCUCUCUUCGCUCUCUUGAUUUGUCUCAUAACUCUCUCUCUGGGCCAGUCCCAACACAAAUCAAAUCGUUGCAAGAGCUAACCCACUUGGAUUUAUCUUCAAAUUUCCUCAAUGGCUCUUUACCUGAUGUUCUUACUGAGCUUAGAAGUCUCUCCGGAACGCUAAAUUUGUCUUAUAAUCAAUUUACCGGAGAGAUUCCGGUAUCGUACGGGGAUUUUCCGGUUUUUGUGAGUUUAGAUUUGAGACAUAAUAAUCUUAGUGGCAAAGUGCCUCUUGUGGGAUCACUGGUUAACCAAGGGCCUACUGCAUUUUCUGGGAACCCUAGUUUAUGUGGGUUUCCAUUGCAAACUCUAUGCCCAGAAGCUACUAAUAUCACAAGCAGCGAGAACACAGAAAAUCCUGAAAACCCCAGGAAUCCUAACUUUGGUUUACUACCUCAAAUUGAGGAAAAACAGAGGGAAAAAAACGGGUCGGUGGCAGUUCCUUUGAUUUCGGGCGUUUUUGUGGUGAUCGGUGCUGUUUCGUUAUCGGCGUGGUUGCUUCGGAAAAAAUGGGGCGGUUCAGGUGAGAAGGACAAAAUGGGAAAAGAGGAGAGUACAGGAGGAAAUCAUGCCAGCAGUGAUAUUAGCGAGGAGGGGCAAAAGGGUAAAUUCGUGGUGAUUGACGAAGGGUUUAAUUUGGAAUUAGAAGAUUUGUUGAGGGCAUCAGCUUACGUGGUGGGGAAAAGUAGGAAUGGGAUAGUGUAUAAGGUUGUAGUGGGAGGGAGAGGAUCCGGUACUGUUGUGCCUACCGUUGUUGCUGUGAGGAGAUUGAAUGAGGGUGAUGCCACAUGGAAGUUUAAGGAGUUUGAGUCAGAGGUGGAGGCUAUCGGGAGAGUCCACCAUCCUAAUAUCGUUCAGUUGAGAGCUUAUUAUUAUGCUCAUGAUGAGAAGUUGCUGGUGUCUGAUUACAUACGCAAUGGGAGCUUGUACAGCGCGUUGCAUGGAGGACCUUCAAAUACUUUACCACCAUUAUCAUGGGCGGCAAGACUGCAAGUUGCUCAAGGAACUGCAAGGGGUUUAAUGUACGUACAUGAAUGCAGCCCUCGAAAAUAUGUUCAUGGCAACUUAAAAUCAACAAAAAUCCUUCUUGAUGAUGAACUCCAGCCUUACAUCUCAAGUUUUGGACUAACUCGUCUGGUGUCUGGUACCUCUAAAUUCUCAACUUCAGCAUCCAAAAAGCAGUAUUUAAACCAAACCACUGUAAACCCAACAAUGGGCUCAAAAAUAUCAGCUCCCUGUAAUUUCUACUUGGCACCGGAAGCUCGAGGGUUCAGCAACAAGUUCAGUCAGAAAUGUGAUGUGUACUCUUUUGGGAUCAUACUGAUGGAACUUUUAACUGGUCGGCUACCUGAUGCUGGAUCAGAAAAUGAUGGGAAGGGACUAGAAAGUCUUGUGAGGAAGGUAUUCCGAGAAGAACGGCCUUUAUCUGAGAUUAUAGACCCAGCAUUGUUGAGUGAAGUUCAUGCAAAGAAACAGGUUGUUGCAGUAUUUCAUAUUGCACUGAAUUGCACCGAGUUAGACCCAGAGUUUCGUCCGAGGAUGAGAACAGUGUCUGAGAGUCUCGAUCGCAUCAAACUGCAGUGAACAAAGAACGAACUGUUGGUGUAAAGUUUUGUUUGGAGCUUGCUGACUUGUGAUGCUGUUUUUGCUUCAGAAUCAUGGUCUGUAAGUUUACUCAUGAUGUAUGUCGUGUUCCAAUUUUAUCUUCCUGCCCUUGAAGGGACUGGCACAGGAUUAGAUGAAUGUCUAGUUAGGCAGGUUAUUUAACUUAAUUCUCUGUUGUAAUGUGUUGAUACCAUUAUCUACCAUCUCAUCCUUCAUUGUCUUUCUUCUGUUAAAAUGGUGCAGUGGUUAUGUGCAAGUGUUGGUGGAAGAGUCUUUUAUUUUUA